GUUGAAAAAAAAAAAAGAGUAUUUUAUCUUGUUUAUUUUCUAGUUUGCGAUUUGAAAAACGAUGACAAGCUUAAGUGAAUUGAAGCAACGAUUAUUUCAUCCUCAUUAUGUGCUUCAUUUUAUAUACGGCAUUAUUUAUAUUAUUGUACGAUUGAACUAUUUGCUUAAAAAUCAAUUGAUCAAUUUCGAAGAAACCGAAUCUAAGAGUUAUAUUUUACUAUUGGGCGUUUGCACUUGGAAAUGCUUCAUGGCAGCCACUGCAGAAGAAUUAUCAGGUGUUAUCAUCUUGUACACUAAAUUCUUUACAUUAUGUAGUCUAUUUUGGAAAAUGGGUUUUUGGACUACUUUCUUUUAUAUCAUUGGCUGGAUUAUACUUUCCACUAUUUUCCCUCAACCAUGGUAUAGAGGACCCACAAAGAUUUAUGAAUUAAAUGAAGCUGCUUUUAGAGAUAAAGUACUUAAAUCAAAUACUACAAAAAGUCCAAAGCCAUCUAGUAAAUCUACUGUUCCUGUAGAAGAUAUUAAGGGUCCACGUAUUACAGAGAUUACUGAAGAAGAAGAUAAAAAAGAAGAAGAAAAGACUGAAGAUGAAGUUAAAUAUUGGAUUGUUAUGCUAUACGCAAAUUGGUCUGUAUCUUGUCUUAAUUUUGAAGCUGUAUUAGCUAAAUUAUCCAUCCAAUAUGAUGUACCUCAUUUAAAAUUCGGUCAAAUUGACGUUGAUAUAUAUCCUGACUUGGCAGAAGAAUUUGGUGUCAGCAAGGAUCCAGCAUCAUUCGAUUUACCAACUUUAAUUUUAUUUCAAAAUGGAAAAGAGCUUAGACGUUUGCCUGAACUUACAAUAACAAAAGAUGGUAAAAAUAGUAAGGCAAAUGCUGCAAAAGAUACAAUCACACGUCUAGGUUGGAGUAAACAUCCUUCUGCAGUUAUAAAAACAUUUCAACUAAAGAAGAUUGCCAAUGAAAAGCAAGCUAACUAGACUUUUGUUUUUUAUAUAUAAAUAUAUACAAUCUGGCUAAUAAAUAAUGUCGAGUUAUUGUCUAUUCUAAUAAUAAUAGUAAUAGUAAUAA